CUCCCGACUCCUCGAGUCUCGAGGCAGCAUCGAGCUCAAGGCUAGCCUCGCCCGGCCCAUAACCCACGAAUUCAACCUAAUCACGGCCCGUCCCCGACAUGAUUUGAGCACAGUCGGAAACAACGCAGCCGGUGGAUUACUGUGCAUUGCCUGCAUUCACCGUACGCAUGUGAUUCGCGCUGUAGUAUUCGUGCUUAUUGGAGUGAUCAGCCCAAGUCCCAGACGUCCCUCCCGAGCCUUCGACUCGACUCGCAGUCCCCGCAGCGCCAAAGCAACGCGAAUCUAGGCCCUUACGACGGAAGUCGCAGAUUCCCGAGUAUGUCCUCGGCCGAGGAAGCACCAGCAUCGUUGCUGGCCUUAUUACGAGAUCAGGCUCAUGCGUCGAAAUCGCCAUCGAAGUUCUUGACUCCCAAAAGCCGGCAGGUAGAAGAGUCCCUUUUCGAUGACAGCCCCAGCUUUGGGUAUCUUGAGAAGCUCACUUCGCUAUCGUUGUCUUCCAUCCAAGCACUGCCUCCCUCGCUUGCACAAGAUGCGCAAAGCCUGCAUAGCUCUCUCUCAUCACUAUGUUUGCGGCAUGCAAACACUUUCAUCAGAGUGCACGAUGCGAAUUCAUCGCUCCUUCCGGCGCUUGCUGCUGCUGAGACCGAGCUCGAUGCGAUGCUCGAUCUCCAAAUCGAUCAACUUGCAGACAAAGUCGAGACCUUCCAGGCCAACGCAGAGCAUCCUCUUGAUCGACGGCGGAGUAUCGCAGAGUUAAUGAGUAUACACGAAGACAGCCUCAGCGGCCUACUCGAUGUGCCACACUUGGUGCAACUCUGCAUCAGCGCUCGUCGCAUAGAUGAGGCUUUACAGCUUUCAGCGCACCUCACUAACUUCUUCAGCUCUGUGCAGGACAAUGCACGUGAAUUAGACGUAGGUCAAGAAGGGUUUGAAGUCAUUCGCGAGCUUCUACGCGAGGUCAAGCAGUCCCUCACCGGCCUACAGCAACAUCUCAUUCAAUCAUGGUCAGGGCCAGGGCUCAAACUUCCUUCCGCAAAGCGCGCGUUGUCGCAGCUCAAGUUGCUUGCUGUCAUCAGCGAUGAGAUCGGAGCGUCCGAUCGGCAAGAACAGCACGCUAAGGGUACUCUCAACCACGCGAAACUACACCUCGCUUUCUUGCGUGCCAGAACAAGCGUCGUCCAAGGCCGGCUCAUUGAUGCGCUUCACCAACGCAACCAUGAGGUUGAACACCUCGCGAAGGCUGCCAAAGUCUCCCCUGCCGAAUCGGGCGCUCUCGUUAACGCGCUGGCGGACACCCUUCGGAAAUAUAUCAACAUCUGGCGAGAAGGUGUGCUCGACGUGCUAAGCAUGGCAACUGCGCUCUUUGGAUCCGAGUCGGUUAAAGGACACCGUAGCGUGUCCGAGGAUCUAAUCAUCCAUACGCAAGGUCUUACCUCCUCGGCGGCAGAUUUUUUCAGUAGUCAACUCGCACAGACACUUUCGAAGCAUCUGGGUCUUUGUCUGCAGGUCCGAAUGCGCUCAGAAACGCGUUUACUCCUCGCCGAACACCUAGCCGAUCUGCAUAGACAGCUCCGCUACGCUUCCAUAGCCUGCUCCCGAUUCGGCUUCGACUUUGCGCCCGUCCUUCGACGAGCGGCAUCAACAUCUGGUGAGCGGCUAACGACGCUUGAAGGCAUUGGCAUACAGCUAUUCGAGCAGUCCGUUGUAGAGGCGGAAGAGAGUAUCUCCAAAGAUAUGAGUGCUGGCUUGGACAAAGUCAUCGCGGCAUGUUCCAUCUUGAACAUCCUUGCCGCUUCGGGGAUGGAAAAUGAGCAGGUGAACCAGGAAGCGCCGCCUUCCUAUGUGUCGUGGUAUUCCAUUCUGGCACGCUAUUGCAACGGACUGGCGGACGCACUCACUGCCCUCGCAGCCUUCGCGCCUCUGACUUCCAAGCGUGCGACGAAUCAGAUCUUGCAACGCUCGCUCGAGCAGAUCAGCUCGAGAUGGACUGACGCAUUGGACGUCCUGCAAGGGCAAAAUACGCUCUCCAGCGGCCUGUCGCCUCAGAUUUCAACAGCGCUUUCAUCAGAUGAGGAACUCACGAUGGAAGAAGUCGCAGUGAGGCACAAGGAAGCUACAGAGCUCUUGACUGCAAGGCUUGUCUCAUGUUGGGCUACAACUAUCACUCCAUGGGCUCUCAACGCAUUGCACAAGGGCAUUUACAAUUCCUCCCACGAUAUCGCCGGUGUGGGUUCCUCAACAUCCGCAGAACACUUGGUGGAUUGGGCUCAGACUAAGGAGAAAGCUUGGAGUAGUGCCGAAGAGGAGCGGCAAAAGCUAUUGCAGCAACGUCGUCGAGACAAGGAGGAAGCUGAAGCUGCGGCUGUGGCUGCGAUCGAAGAUGAACGCCUUGCACAAGAAGCAGCAGAGGUGGAGGCGCGCAGGCUUGCCGAGGAGCGCGCAGUUCAACUCGGGGCCGAAGCAGCAGCGAAGCGCAAAGCUGAAGCAGAUGCAAAGGCAGAGGCGAAACGGAAAGCAGAGGAUGAAGCAGCUGCUGUGGCUGCUGCGGUAGAAAGAGAGCGCAAAGCUGAAGAAGAGGCUGAAGGGAAGCGCAGGAAGGAAGUGCAGGAAGGGGCGAGGCGUGAAGCUAAUGCGGCACCAAAAGCGAGACCAGAGGCUGAAGCUGAGGCCAAAGCAGCAGCAGAAGCCGAAGCGAAGGCGAAGGCAAAAGUGGAAGCAGAAGCGAAAGCCAAGGGAGAAGCUGAAGCAAAAGCAAAAGCUGAAGCUGAAGCGAAAGCAGCAGCCGAAGUGGCAGAGGUAGGACCCAAAGCAGAAGCCAAGGUAAAUACAAAGGUCAAAGAAGAAGCGGAGGCAAAAUCAGACGCAGGAGCAAAGCUUAAAGCUGAGACGAAUGUAACGCAGAAGGGAGCGGAAGAGCUGGCUGCUCGAAGGCAAGCGGAAGAAGAGAAGGCUGCUGCACCUGUAGCUGCCGAAGCGGGUAGAUCGCGAUCUGAAGACGCAGUAGCAGCAAUCGACAGACAUGCUAAGAAUGACGUCAAGGGACAAGAUGAAGAACACCAGGUUGAUGAGCGUACUCAGCCUCAGGAGGCGCCCAGCACCAGCGCGCCGCCGAGCGGCACGCAGACGCCAGCUGACGCCACGGAAGGAGAGUAUGGAGACGAAGGCGGCGAGCCCGAACCGCCAGUAACUCCAACCAGCCAGAGAAACAAAAAUGCAAAAAAGAAGCAGAAGAAGAAGCAGAAGAGGGCUGAAGCGGCGGCGGCAGCCGUGGCAGAACAGCAGAAGAAAGCCGCUACUGCGUCGACGUCCCUGCCCGAAUCGGCCCAGUCGUUGUCGUCAGCGACCGAGUCUCAAUGUAGCACUGAGCAAAAGGAGCCUGCGAAAGAGGAAGUCGCGGCGUCUGCACCUCCAGCCAAGCCAACGGGUAAGCUGUCUCUCGCCGAGAAGCUCAAAAUCAAGCAGGAGCAGCGCCAACGAGAACAACAGAUUGCUGAAAAGCGAACGUCCUAGCGCAAGCGAGGCCAGCAAGGCCAUGUUAGGCUAUGUUGUAUCCUACAGAUUACAGCCGUG